AAGGAGAGGAGAAUGGCGACCCGUGUUCUCUGCUUGCUCCUGGCGCUGAUCCGGUCGCCCUCGCCCUCACAGAGCUUCUCGCUCCCUUUCGAGUCGGCGGAGAACUGCACCAAGAAGCAAUGGUUCGACAUCUCGCAAAUGAUCUGCGUGCCGUGUGGCCCCCACCAGCAUGCCAGCGACGAUGCAACCAUAACGGCUGCUGACGCCCGCCUCUACACCAACAACGCCAACAUUUUUUUUGUGGACGCUGAUGAGCCUGGCAGCCCGUUCCAUCCGGCUGAGCCCGUAAACCUGCAGCAGGAGCUCCUUAAAGCAGAGGUAUUUCUCGGCGGCCGGUGGCUCUUCGAGGAACUGAGUGACCUCUCUGGCCGUGUCCUGGUCGACGGCCCCCACCAGGCAGUUACGCAAGAUGGAUGGAACUGUAUUAUGUGUCCCAUAGGUGCUAUUAUAGAUAAUAACGGAAGAUGUCAGUGUCCAUCAGGACAGAUUCUAGGGCUGCUGGGGUCGCUGGAUGGAAGUACUGGAGGAUUGUGCUUUCUUAAUCGUCCUAAGGACUUGACCUCCUCGGUGACCACAGAUAUUGUUUAUGGGCAAGGUUUAAAAGUUUCAUCGGCUUGGUUUGCCACUCAUUUGAAAGCCUCAGCUAUUGCAUGCUUGAGAUUUGCAAAUCUUACUGCCUGUCAGGCAGUGGGGAAUAUGUGUGUCAUGAUCAUGAAUUCAAUAGACAUGGUAACAACUCCUAAUGAUGCUUGUACCCUUUAUGACACUAUAUUUAAGAAGACAGUAAGCUUAGGAAAUACCCAUUCAAUACCUUCUUGGCGAAUAAAUCUGCCCUGGUUAUACUUUGAUACUCAGUAUGGUUUUGGAAAUAGACUUAUUGAUCAAGAACCGUUUCAAACAAUCUAUCAUUUUAAGUCCUCAAAACAUAUGGAAUUACAGUUUAUUCUUGCCAAAUAUGAUGCUCAAGGUUUUUUUCUUAAGUGGGAAAAAGCAACUGGAGGUACUUUGCAGUUGUGCCCAGAUACCUUGCCUCGGCUGAAUAUAGCUUAUAUCUUCGGAGUCACGUAUCAACAAAGUUGUACACUUUCUGUUUCCAAGCUUUUAUCUAAAUAUGACAAAAAUCACUUUUAUGACAUUUACAUACUUUACAAAGGAGAAGAUGGUGAGGAUAAGUUAAGAGCUGUUGCCAUACGUAAUUUAAAUCUUCAAUACAAUGGAAAAUUCGUAAACCGAGAUAAAAUGAUGAAUACUUGGUAUUUAACCAGGCGUAUUUUCUUGGUGGAUACUCUCAGUGGCCGUGAAAUGAACCUGGAUAGCCAGCCAAAAGCAAUUAGAGUUGCUAGCCACAUAAAAAUCAGUGUGAUACUUGUGCCCAAUACUUUGCAAGGAAAGGUCAUUCCUCCUAUGAUGACUAUCUCUUACACAGAUAUUCAGAUCCAAAAUCCAGAACAACAAACUGUUUCAGUAUCUUUCUCAGUUGAAUAUCAAAUGGACUUGAUUACAGCAUUUCAAAAUACAAAGAUUGCACUGGGUUUCCUGUCAGGCUUAUCAGCUAUCUAUUCAAUGAUAAAGACAGCCACUUGGAAAAAACGCGUUGGAUCUCCAAUGAUUGAUAUUCCAACUGUCUUGAAGUUCUUGCUGUUUUAUGCUGGAGACCUGGCAAACACCUUCUUUAUUGUGACAUUUGGAACAGGCAUUUACUGGCUUAUAUUCUUUAAGGGUCAGCGGGUUCUUUCUGUUCUUCUGCCCACACCGAACCAGGAGAUCCACUUUAUUUCUUCUGUGGCCAGCGCAUUUACUUUGAAGUUUAUUCAGCUGUUGCACAAACUAGGAAACCAGCUCACUGUAGAUAUCUUUUUCAUUGACUGGGAGAGACCCAAAGGCAAGAUCGUCAAAUCUAUUGCAGGCGGAGGUGAUAUAAAGACUGCACCAGCUCCUGUAAGCAUCUGGAGAACGUACUUUGUUGCAAAUGAAUGGAAUAAUAUUCAGACCAUCAGGAAAAUUAAUCCUAUUUUUCAACUUCUUACUGUUAUUUUUUUUUUGGAAAUUGCUGGCUUUGCAAAUUUGGCAACAAUGGAUCCUUAUUCAAAAUUGACCAGCAGUGCUGAAAGCAGUGCUAUACCACCCAGCCGUAUUCUGAGAUUUGGUGUUGCAACAACUAUCUGGCUAUUAGUUGGUUUUAUGCAGAUAAUUUUCUGUGCAAGUAUUUACGAACGAUUUGUGGAAGACAGAAUAAGUCAGUUUAUUGAUGUUUGCUCAGUUAGUAAUAUCUCUGUUAUCAUUUUCUCACACAAAUGCUUCGGAUAUUACAUCCAUGGGAGGUCUGUGCAUGGUCACUCUGACACUAAUAUGGAGGAAAUGAACCUGAAUCUAAAGAGAGAGGCGGAAAACCUAUGUGGUCAAAGAGGCUUGGUUCCCAACACAGAAAUUGAGACAUUUCAGAUAUUCAUCACAAGCAAACUCAGAGAGCAAUAUGACAAGAUUCGAGAGCCGCUAAAUUGGAUCAGAUCACCUGGCCACCUGGUGAAUAAUGCGGAGGAUGCUGUUGAACAAAGAAUGAAGGCCUAUAACACCACAAAUAGAUUUCUUGGAUCAUUCAUUGAUCAUGCUCUUCGUGACAUGGAUUACAUUGUGCAAGAUAAACUGUUAUUGGAAAGAAUAAUGGGGAUGGAGCUGCAUGAACCAAUAGACAAGACGAUUUUUUAUAAUGAUGAAAAGCUUUCAUUCACUGACAUCCUAUACUAUGGCAAUGAAGAAACACUUCUAAUUUUUGAUAUGCUGUUCUUCUGUAUAGUGGAUCUUGCUACCCAAAAUUUUUUUUUUGCUUCCUUUCUAACUUACGUACAACAAAAGAUUUUUCAGUUCAUUCGUAAUGCAGCCGGACGUAAGAACCUGGCUGCAAAAACACUAAUCGAUGAAAGAUUCCUCCUCUGA